AUGUCAAGCAUUAUAGAGGCUUCAGCAGCGUUAAGAAAGAGGAAGCAUUUGAAAAGGGGUAUCCAAUUCACUUUGAUGGUGGUUGGGCAGUCUGGGUCUGGGAGGUCGACAUUUAUCAAUACUUUGUGUGGGCAAGAAGUUGUUGAAACGUCUACUACUGUUAUGCUCCCUAAUGACGACUCUACGCAAAUUGAUGUACAAUUGAGAGAGGAGACGGUGGAGCUGGAGGAUGAUGAAGGCGUAAAGAUCCAGCUAACCAUUAUUGACACACCGGGAUUUGGAGAUUCUUUGGAUAAUUCGCCAUCUUUCAACAUGAUAUCUGACUAUAUUCGCCAUCAAUACGAUGAGAUUUUGUUGGAGGAGAGUCGUGUGAGAAGAAAUCCUCGGUUUAAAGAUGGGAGAGUGCAUUGCUGUCUUUAUUUGAUUAAUCCUACGGGACAUGGUUUAAAAGAGAUUGACGUUGAAUUCAUGAGGCAGCUAGGUCCUUUGGUGAAUGUUAUUCCUGUGAUCAGCAAGUCUGAUUCUUUAACACCAGAUGAAUUGAAGUUGAACAAAAAAUUGAUUAUGGAGGACAUUGAUUAUUAUAAUCUUCCAAUUUAUAGCUUCCCCUUUGACCAAGAAGUAGUUAGUGAUGAGGACUAUGAAACGAAUACGUAUCUGCGUUCUUUGCUACCAUUUUCUAUAAUUGGUUCUAACGAGACAUUUGAGUCAUCUGAGGGGGCUGUUGUGCAUGGUAGGAGAUAUCCAUGGGGUACAAUUGAUGUUGAAGACCCAUCGGUCUCCGAUUUCUGUGUUCUCAGGAAUGCAUUGCUAAUUUCUCAUCUAAAUGAUUUGAAAGAUUACACUCACGAGUUACUAUAUGAAAGAUACAGAACAGAAGCAUUAUCUGGCGACAUGCUGACUUCCAGCAGUGUGUCCUCAAAGUUGAAUAACGGCUCCACCGAAUUCAUCAAUUCUCCUGCUUUGUCUGGUACUGGUUCUGAUUCUGUUCGGGGGAGUGGAGCACCAGAAGCAGAAUCUCGUAACUCUAGCACCAAACAGUCAUCUAACCAAGACACCUAUUUGGCACGCGAAGAACAGAUUAGAUUGGAGGAAAAGAGAUUGAAAGCAUUUGAAGAAAGAGUUCAACAAGAGUUGCUAUCCAAAAGACAAGAGUUAAUGCGGAGGGAACAAGAACUUAGAGAAAUUGAGGAAAGAUUGGAAAAGGAAGCUAAAUUAAAGCAAGAAUUAGAGGAAUAA